AUGAAACAAUGCACAAACUCGUGUAGUAGUACGGAAGGUGUCGCCGAAAGUCAUGCCGCCGCUACACAACCGAAGGCUUCCACGAUGACGGCAACGACGACAUUGACGUCGGGGACUACAACGUCCACCGCUACGACCAUAGCCACGAACGCUAAGACGAAGCACGCGAGUGGCACCACGCGGGAGUCGAAAGCUGAUCCCAAAUCAUCCGGAGGUAAAUCCGCCUCCGACGUGCAUCCGUUGAAGCAUCAGCAGCAACAGCCGCAGCAGUACCUUCACCAUCCGCACCACUAUCCGCUGCAUCACCAUCAGCUGGGUGCGAAGAUGAGCAGCAAACUGGGUACCGCCGGUGUCGAUUCGCUGUCCGCACUGCACAUGCUUCCGGCGCACCUGAGGGAUAUGUUUCUUGCCGCGCAGCUGAUACGAGGUUACUAUCAACCGGCUGGUCCGCUGAUAUCGCCUCAUCUACUUGGCCAACCACCGUCCCAGCACGGUCCGAAAAGCGGUCCGGAUGGCGAACCGCUGCUACAGAGUCCACAGCAACCGCCCGCGUCUUCCACAGCCGACAGUACGGACAGCGACGUCCUGCUGACAGGUACGCCCGGACGCCCCGCCAACGACCACCCGAUGGGCUUCCAUCCACUGCGCCCGAGGGCUGCAGUCGCCGUAGCAGCCGCAGCCGCAGCCGCUGAUGAUGCAGAUCGUUAUUUUCGUUCCAUCUUUCCAGGUGGUGGAGUCGACCUAGGGCAUCGCUCCCAACCGUACGGUGCAUCCCGUUAUGGUCCAGCCCCCGGUAGUGGUGGUCCACCCGGUAAUCUCUACCCCCGACCGAUGCAGAUGCACUGUCCACCGACGUAUUUGUCGCCCGGUUACUACACACCGUCCCCGUACGGUCCGCAACCACCUCCACCCCAUGGGCCACCGCCGGAGAUGUACUACACGCACGCCUAUCCGGCCCAUUUCUACCCAAAGUUUGCACCGCCGUACUAUCCGACAUCCCGACGGUACUACGCCGGGCCGGGACCCGGUCCCGAGCAUCACCUGUACGAACAGGCACCACCACCCAGCAGUGCACAAGGGCCGCCAGGACCGCCACCCCCACCAUCCGGGGCGCAACUCGUACCUGCUGGACCGCAAGGUCCCCAGCAUCUGGAUCACUAUCCGUACGCGCCGUAUCCAGGUUACGGUAGUCCCGGGCCGGGCUCCGGUGGCCAGUGUUAUCCGCGCAACCUGCAACACCCGCCGCCUCCUCCGCCUGCGUAUAUGGAUGCGCAUUACACAACCAAUUGCCCAUGUCCGAUGCAGUGUCCAAAAAACGUCAAUGCUGGGUCCCUUAUUGGUAUCAAGGCCAGUAAGGGCCCAGUAGCCACAAACAACCAUCUCGUACAAAAUCAGCCGGGCGCACGGAUUAGCACGACCGAACCAAUCACGAUUUCGUCGAGCUCCUCUUCGGCGUCGUCCUCCUCGUCACCGACGCCAGUCGAUUCGCCCGUCACUACCUCGGCAAUUACCACCACCUCCGUUAGACAGACUUUGGCCGAUGCCGAAUCAUCACCGAACGCAGCCUCCAAGCAGCAACCCCAUCCGUCACACGGUUAUCAUGGUCAUCACCAUCACGGCACUGCGCUGCAGAUGGAAAUGCAUCCACAGGGAGCGCCAACGCACCAUCCACACACGUAUCCCUACCACUUCCAUCAUCACCAUCCCGCCGGUCCGCUGCAUCACCCGCAGCAUGGACCGAUCCAGACGGACGCAGCCGAAAAGACCGCGGUGACGGCAACGUCCACCUCUGCAAUGACUACGCUGAGCUCCUCUGCGAAGCAUGCACCCGGCGUGGUGACAACGGCCACCACAGGAACCGACACGGAUAAAAUGUACUGCAAAACGGAGCUGCCAAUUAAGCCGGAAUCCGUAACGGAACUUCUUUCGACACCAAUGCACUAUGGUAGCCCGUACCAUCAUCCUUACCACCAUCCGAUCGGGUAUUACCACCAUGCAAAGCUGAGCGACCUCAACGAGGAACAACACGGUACACUGACACCGCCAUAUUCGAUAUCGGGCAAGAUGAAACUGCUCGAAACUCCCGAGAUGAGCCCCGUCCGUGUGUCAACCGUACUAAACGCUGCACCGGCCGUACUGUCCGGCGAAAUGCUACAGCCUUCGCGUAAAGCAACGGAAUGCGGUGACAAAGCACACUGCACACUGGACGAGGACAAGUUAACAAGCCUGCCGGUGUCGGCUGCGAUCGUGAAGCAGGAAAUCGAAGAAUUCAAGCUACUGGAACCGCUCGACGGUACGGUAUGCAAGAAGGAAGACUUCGAGGAGACGGGCCCCGCAAUGACGCCGGAUCUGUUGGAUGAGGCGAUUGUGAUUAAGAAGGAUCGCGAUGAGAUAAAACCAAUCACCAGAACGGCCUGUCACCAUCAUCACCAUUUGCAACAGAUGCACGUUGCCGCGCAUCUACCGCACCACCUACAUCACCACAGUGCCAGUACAAAUCUCUUGCAUGGGACGCCACAGCAUCAUCAUCUACAGACGCAUUAUAGCAUGCAGCGUCAGCAGCAGCAACCUUUAAUUACCGGCCUGCUGGUGGAGAAGGAUGAUGUGGAAACCGAUGCCAAACUACCUCCGGAUAGCAAGAGUUUGCUCACCGAGCUCGUCCUGACUACGGAAGCGUCUAUGGUGGAGCCACCGAAAACGACGCAAUCUAUACUUACAUCACCUUCGGCAACAGAGGCAGCGAUAGCGCUGUCGACCAAAUCAUCAGUAGUGGACGCGUCGGCAAAGACGGACGUAACAAACGACAUCUCUAAUAGUUCUAGCCAGCAACCAAGGGGCAACAGUAGUGAUAAUAGUUUUAGUCUUAGUGAUAGCCUAACCCCUAGUGUCGCUGGCGCUCCCGAACAUCUGAGCUCAAUAUCAAAGAACGGUGUAAAAGUACAAUCAUCACAUGACAGCAGUGCAGGCAGCCUAGAUCCUCCCUCGCCGGUACCGAUACCGGCCUCCACCGUCAAACGGAGACCGCUGCUGGUGGCAUGCAAAAAGGCAACACCUAAGCAUUCACCCCCAAAUAGCUAUAAGAAUCUGAUCAAACGUACAAAUGGCCUGGAGGGUGAGGAUGGACACCAGCCGCAAUGUCCGGAACCGGUAGAACUAAGCGAAGAAGAGGAAGAAGAGGAUGAGGAAGAAGACGAAGAGGAGGAGGAGGAUAAUUACGAAGAGGAAGAGGACGAAGAUGCGUUGCAGGACGAACAGAUGAAGGACGUGGAGGAUAUCGAACUCCAGGAGCAGCGUAAGGUCGAAAUAGAGAAGUGUACAACUCGGCAACUGGAACCUCUAACGUCCGCAAGAAGUCGCAAACAAUCCGCCAAGAAACGACUACUAGUCCAGCGGAAGCUAUCAACCGAGCGCAAAAGAAAGGGAUGCAAAAGAAGUCUGGCUCGAUCAUCGGGAACGGCGCACAACAAACUGCACCGCAACCAGUUAUGUUCGGAAUCGAAAAAAUUGUCUGUGCCUACAUUAGUAAGUCCGGAACGGGCACGAUCAGUGAGACGAUAUUAUCGCGUGUUCCGUUCCAGCAUCGAGUCACUGAAGCGUUUGCCUCCGUCAAUGCGUAAGCGGUUAUUGCGUCGCUCUAACAUCACGCUCCUUCCGUUGCGUCGAAGUGCCCACAAACGGUCACAAUGCAAAUCACAACGAUUGUCACCGGCAACGAUCAACGAAGGGAGUGACAGGGUCCGUCAGGCUGAUGAUCAACAUUUACCAACGGUUUGUGGAAACGGUAAUGACAUCAACAAGGGUGGACAUAAGCUGCCAAACAAAUCAGAACAGUACCCUUCGAAGGAACUGUUGGUGUGUGAAGAAGCAAAUGGUGAUACCGUUAAUGAAAUCACUGAAACAGUACCGAAAGCGUUAGCUAUUAAUGCAAUGAGACAACCGCUUUCAAACGUCGAUCGUACAAUUGAUCUCGUUGCCAAAGGAUACUUUUCCGAACCGGAAAUACUAAACGGUACCGAACUGCAAGCCCACUCUCGGGCUUGGUUGAAGAAACUGAAACAACAACAAGAAGGUCGUUCACAUUCAGAACAGAGCCGUGGAGCUGGGGUUCGCGAUCAAAACGGUGAAGGUAACAGUACGAAAAGGUGUAAAACCAAGUGCUCUUCUUUGGUUCUAGAUGCUCCCAUUACUAAAGACAAAAAAACAAAAUCUAAACAAUCAAAACAUACACCCGCGGUGGCAGAGUUAGAGGCUGACUUGAGCGCGGAAAAUACAGUCGAAUGCAAAGAAAGUAAGAGCAAAAAGAAGGCAACCGCCAAAGAACGCAAGAAGGAUCAAUCUAGCAGGAAAAGAAAACAGAAGGAACUAAACGAAGAUAACGAUGAUUCUCACGCACGCAAACGGAACAAUUUGGAAUUGGUUAAAUCAGACGAAUCUUUGUACCAGCGAGCUACAUCGACACCAAUCUCCGUUCCCGGUGGUGAGGUGUCCCUAGUGUUGGGCCAAGAUGAUCGCGAGGAAGAUGGUCGCAAGGGAUGCCCCGUUGUGUUUGAUGACAGUGUCGUUACACUGAUGGAUCAAUCCUCCGUGAUGGAUGAUCGCGAAACAGACUUCGAUGACGCGGCGACGAUGUUGGUGGAAGACGAUGUAGCCAGUGUCGAUACGAACGUUCUGGUGAAUCGGCAUAAUAAUAACAACAACAACAGUGCCGUUACGGAUAAGAACAACCUCAACCAGGAGCAGCAACGGAUUGCAACGGAUCAGCUAGUUCUGGCCGCACCUAUGCAAGCAAUCAUCGCGGAAGGUAAGGAAGGUAGUGAGCUUGAACCUCCGGAGGGUAUGGAACCGUUUAUGGAGGACGAGCCACUGGAAGAAGAGGAAGUGCACGCAAAUGUGCAGCUAGCCGGUUCGAACCAUUUAUCCGAAGUGGUGCAUCCUUCGGUAGCGUUACAACCGCAACAAUGUCCUCCAACGAAAUCAUCCUUUGGAGACCAGGCAGCGUUCAGCGUGAACUACGAUGAUGACUACGAGGACCUGGAAGAGGAGGAACUUAUGCCAAAGCGGGGCUCAAGCCGUACCAUCAAGCGACGGCGUUCUCGAUCGAAGACAAAGUCGAAAAAAUUCAGCACGAAGAAACGGCAUCGCCCGUCCACGCACCGGACGAUGGCAGCUGAGCUGGAGGAGCUGAUUGUGCCAAAAAAAUGCACCUCUAUUCCGCGUUGGAGCAAUGGUUGGACCUGGGAGGGUCAGCCGUUCCAAGGGAAAGUAUUUUUGAACAGUGAUGAUCCGCCGGUACUGCGCACAUGUUAUCCGGCGAUGCGACAUUCCGUUGGGGACAUAAUCAAACCGCGUGACUGCGUACUGCUAAAGGCUGGUAGUAAACGUGCGGAGUUGCCAUACGUCGCCAAGGUGGCCCACCUAUGGGAAAAUCCCGAUGAUGGAGAAAUGAUGAUGUCUUUGCUGUGGUAUUAUCGACCGGAACACACCGAGCAAGGCCGUCAGCGUACUGAUGGUCCGGACGAAGUGUUCGCCUCCCGCCACAAGGAUCAUAACAGCGUGGCGUGCAUUGAAGACAAAUGCUAUGUGCUAACGUUUAGUGAGUACUGCAGAUUUCGACGACAGCUAAAAGGGUAUGAGGAAAACAUCGAGGAACAGCCAUCGAUUGUGCCUCCUCUAAGGCGCGAAAACCCUCGCCUUCCGCCACCGAUCGUUUCGCCUGAGCUGGUUAUGUACUGCCAGCGGGUGUACGAAUUCCGCCAGAAGCGGCUCCUGAAAUCCACCUCCUAGUGAAGGUGGGAGAGUGUGCAGCGAAGUCAGGCUAAGAGCACGACGAGGAGUAACGUCGGUGCGGUUCCCAAAGCCAUUUCCGGAGCGAGUACCGACUAACGAUUCCCGUUGCCAAGCAUCCACACGCAUAUGCUGUACACCUAGCGGCAAAUGAUUAGACAACAACUACAUAUCCUGGAUUCGUGUGUGCACAUUGGAUCCAGCUGAUCCAUAUCUCUGGUCUAGUCCUGAACGCGCAGAUACCUUUACUGCAUCCGGUAGUGUUGGUAUGCUCGUAUUUUGUUUUGCGGAAGCGCAAGUCAUUCAUCGGCGCUCGCUGAAUGCUUAUCUUAUCAUCCGUAUUUCAAAUGUGUAUUAUUUUGUAUUCGUCAAGUUCGUAGAUUAAACGAACCGUGUUGGCGGUCUACGCCAGACCUUUUACUUUAGACACAUGUUUCCAAAAGUUUUGUUGCUUAGUUUGGUGAUUUGUUAGUAAUUUUAUUUGUACAUAUACAACAGCUACAAACCUAGUGUGUCUUUACCGUACAAUUUAAUUGUAUUACUAACUAAGCUGUCCCAGUAUGCGUAAAUUAUGAAACUUUAGUUUGAUAAGAUCCUUGAAAUGUUCCACGUUUUAUCCCAGUGCGCGGUUAGUUUGUUUACGGGGAACAUUAACGAGCGUCUGGUCACGUUACUAAUAAAGGAUGGGCAGUGAGACAAACAUAUUUACCAGACAAUCUCGCAUACUAACGGAGAAGGACCCCGAAAUAAACCCCGUCGUCAGUCAUAUAAUCUAAGGCCAGAGCCAAACUGAGCCGAUAUCGAAAUGACAACGACAUCUGCUCGAUGUUGUAACCCCUCGUGUUACCGUACGACAAGACGCAUUUGUCCAAACUGAAUUUGCGAAAUUGCAUUUGAUAUUCAAUGUUAUACGCCGUGGCAGCCAAUUCUUACGAGGGAAUAUUCAAGACAAACAACACUAUACGACAGUGUUUAUUGUAUCAAGGUUUGUCAAAUCAAAUUUGAAACAAUAACGUACACUAACUAAACUGUAGAUGGAUGAUGAUAAUGGAAGUUGACGAAAGAUAUAAUAGGUAUACAAACAUUAUUAAAAAAAAACAUAUUAUAUAUGAUUAUAUACAUACAACAUUAUAUAUAUACAAACUGUAAUGUAGAGGAAACAACAACACAAGCUAAGUGUAAGAAACUAAUUGUUAUUAAGACAGGUUAAGCGUAUACAGUACCUUAUUAUUUAACUGACUUGUAUCGUAAGACAGCAAUGGAGCAUAGCUUUUACUGACUGAAAUGAUGAAUGCCGUUGAUACACAUUAGACAAACAAAAUCAUCGGAACAUACUGCUUAAUCAACCAGAGAAUGGGUAGCAGCAUACGGCGUCUGAAACUAAACGCUGUAACAGAAACACUGUCAGUAAAAAGCCUCAAUUAACAUUCUUCCCCACGUUAGUAAUGCGUUUUGUGAGUCUAAAUGGCAAAAUACGCUGCAAUUGAAUUAAUGGCAAACAAAAAUUUUACUAAACCAGACUAUUGUCGGUCGCGGUAACCGAUUUGUUAAAGUUCUUUUCUGUCUGCCCAGACAAAGGUGGUGUGUGUUUUUCAAGAACUGCAAACUUUUUUUCCCCAACAAACAACUACUGUGUGUUGAUCGUCGUGCGCUAUCAUGGAAAAUGUACAAUGCCACAGUCAAAAUAAAUUCUUUCUGAUAGUUUUCAUUUCGAUACGUUUGG